AUGUCGUCUUCACUUAAGCUCAGAGUUACCUGUCUCUCAUCUAGACGGUCACUAGAGGACACGUCGCUCUCCAAAGUGGCUAUAGAAUGCCUUGGCAAUUCCUCGAACUCCCCAGUCUACGAUAUCACCGUGAAAAAAUCCAAGGUUACCUUUAAACCAGUCAAGAUCAAUGGCCAAAAAGGAAAGAAAUUGAAAGACCUGAACUUCAAAGCAGCCACAGAGAUAUUUGUCAGUGAGAAAGACAAGGUACUGGCAUUUGCGGUAGACAAAGCCAAGCACCCAGUGUGCUUGGCCCUUCAGUUCAAGGAGAAGAGUGAACUUGAGCGGUUUAAGGCAAUGGCAACGAAGAGCAAUCCGAACCUAGAGCCACCAGAGUCAGAAUCAACUAGCAGCAGUAGCGACUCGCAGUCUUCAAAAUCAGAUGAUUCUGUGGAAAUCCAGCAUGACAAGCGCAGAAAAUCGUCUCCAUCCUCUUCGAAGCCCGACCGAUCCGAAAAAACUGAGGAACCGGGGGAGUCUAAAAAGCACGACGAGGAGGGCGUAUGUAAACAUUGUCACCAGGCCCUGCCAAAAAAAGUUACCUGCAGUCAGGUGGAAUAUGAACCUUCGAUCGCCCUAGCACAAAGUUAUUAUCGCUCCACUACUAAUUCUUAUGACCUCUCAGACAAUGAACGCAGGAACAGGAAAAGGUUGAUCCUAAGGGACGGCGGUUACUACCGUACAGAGCCGUCUAGGAAGAUCAUCUACCCGCAGAGGAAGGUAGAUCGACAUCGCCAGUCAAAUUACAACUGUAGACCCCGUCAACGCAGGCGUCACUCAUUUAGUGACACAAGCGACUAUAAAUUCCACAAACCAACUUACAUCACAGAUUCCACAGAAAGCAGCUCUGGGACGUCGACAACUACGGCCAUUUCCGAGGAGGAAGCCAAAAAAAUUGGAAAGGUGACUUGCAUGACACCGCAGUUCAGACGACCCCGGGCCCAUACAAUGAUUGUUCGCAGAGAUGACCUCAAAUACCGGAAGCCGCAGCAACCAACUACCUACUACAUAUGGAAUCGCAAUGAUGAGGAGGAAGAGGACUCAUUCCUAGACGACAGUGUCAGCUCUUACAACGACUCAGAGAGCAGCGUCGAGUCACUCAGAUCGAGGCGGAUCCGCGAGUUGCUGAGGGAACUGGGAAAGCCGGGAGCAGUUCGACUGUACUAA